AUGGAACAAGCCUCAAACAAUCCAGACUCCACCUCAGCACCCGCGUCCGCAACCGAGUCCCCGGAAUUGGACAACGACUUCCCCGUUAUCUAUGACGCAUGGCGCCCCUAUCUAUCUCCUUGCAAGAAGACAGAUGAGAUCUUCAGCAAACACUCGGACGUUAUAAAGGCGAUCAUGGACCGCGUGGAUACAGCCGGAUUUCUAUCCGUAGGCAGCUAUCGAGUCAGCGAUAACGAAGCACGUCAAGAUAGCCGGCCUACGGUGAUGAUAGCGGUGGAGAGAGAACAUCGACGAGACUGGAGCCCGGUGGUAGAGGAGGUUAAGCGUAUAUUGGCGGAGUUUGAGAUCCCCACAGUUCGUGUCAUGAUCUACAGGGAGCCGACAGUGGCAAGCUGUUCGAAGUGA